AUCAGCAAGACCCCAGCCAUGAGACUUCUCCUCCUGGCCGUCCUGGGCGCCUGCUGCCUCGCCACAUGCACUGUGAAAGCUGUGGGGAGUGAAAUCCCAGAAAGCAGUAUCUGUGUGAGCCUAACAACCCAGCGACUGCCAGUGAGCAGAAUCAAGACCUACACCAUCAAGGAGGGCUCCGUGAGGGCAGUGAUUUUUAUUACCAAACGUGGCCUUAAAAUCUGCGCUGACCCAGAUGCCAGGUGGGUGAAAUCAGCAGUCAAAAGCAUAAAGAGCAAGUCCAACACCAGAAGAAGCAUGAUCCAGACCAACCCUACGGGAGCCCAGCCAUCCACCCAUACAGCUGUGACCAAGUCCUGAUAAAGGCCUUCCAGCACCCUGCUCCCUCUAUAGCUGGCCAGCUCAUGUCCUUCCACAAGUUUAUGGACUAAUUAGGCUAUAUUCAUCUUUUAUGAAAGUGCUG